AUGUAUUCAAACCAGCACAAUCUGUAUAACAGCAUCCAACAGCAUCAUGACAGCACGCCGCAUAAUGACCAUUAUUCAUAUCAAACUACGGAACCGAGAUCCAAUCAUCCUUCACAGUUUUUCGAUACCCAGCAUUCAUCCGGACACUCGCAAAGCCCUCUCAUAGACUUCGAAAUACCAUCACAUGCAGAACCAGAACCAGAAUCCGAUACAUGCUACUAUGCACCUUAUUCUCCUGACUAUGAUUCUGGUUACUCGGUCAAUACGUCUGAUAACGAGGAUCGUGAUCCGCUCAACUGGCAGCCUCCUAUCAUCGAAACGGACUUCACCAAUAUCGACGAAGCGCUCGAACUUAAAUUAAAUACUGCAGACUCACUCUAUCGAUUAUUCAAGGCAGGAAAACUCAAAGUCCAGAUUGUGAUGAAUGGUGCCAAACGAGUACUCACUCCUCCAUUGCACUCUGGAUCGAAGGCCAAAUUUAUACCAUUGAGGAACCACCGCGGCAGUAAGAAGUGCGCCCAGACCGUGACUAAUAAACAAAAGCAGCAUGUUCGGAACGUGUCUGAUGAGCCAACCCCUCGUUCACUCGUGGCAUUCUCACAUCAAAACAGUCAACCGCCUCCUGGGCCCUCCCUUGAUUAUAACCUUUGCGCAGGAGUCCCAAUCAUCUGGCCAGAGGAUAUGCGUCCUUUGGUCAUGCUCUUUCCAUGGGAACGUUACCAUGAUGGCCAGGAUGGCCUACCAUUCACUAUCGACACUUGGCUUACUCGCGCUCAUUUGCUCCUCCCUCGCGUCAAUACUAGGACUUUGUUUGCAUUGAGAGGAUUCACGCAAAUAGGUCCUUCAAUGAUACUCUGUACGACGUUCAGCCUACUUAUGUUUUCAUCUGCCCGAUUCCAAGGCUCCUACAUGACCUGCGAGCUCCCACUAUCUGUCGCAGACGCACGCAUUGUCUUUCACAACAUAUCCGAACUCACUGUGCUAUCUGACAUGCUCGUCUCAAAGCUCGAGACAGCGAUCGAAGAUGGAUGCAAGGGUGUGGGCGAGGUUUUCCUGUGGGAUUGGCACGGGUACGGGUUUUCGCCAGGUACGGGUGCGGGUAUGGCCUCUGAUACCCGUGCUAAUCCCUAUGCUCAAUAUCCCACAAAGUACUGCUUUUUGUGCCCCCAUACACGACCUAGUACAUCACUGCAUACCCUCGCGCACCCGCACCUCGAUGUCCUCAGCUCGCCGCUGCAGCUCACGCUCCAAUUCUCACGGUGGCUCAAGGAGAGAAAAGAACUCGUCAAGGCACAUACACAUGCAUGGGACCUACGCUGCAGUGCUGGUGGCCGACAAGAUGCCACAGUCUACAAGCACACCAACACAGAGCCUCCUGGCAGGUUCUACCAGCCCCGCAGCAAGCACAUCGACCAAGUAAUAGAUGACGCAGGUCUGGGGGCAGAGGAUGGGGAGGAUGAUGAUGAUGACGACGACGACGACGGUUAUGCCGAGCUUUGA